UGGCUGGGGAUGGACAUUCUGAUUCAUUUCGAUCAUCGAUGUACCCGCUAAAGAGCAACCAGCGUUCGAUACGUAACUCAUCCGAAUCUUAUAGUUUUGUGUCGUGUGAUUAUUAUUAUUAUUAUUAUUUUUGUUGCUGUUAGUGCUAUUCCGCAGCAAUGUCGUAAUGUUGCUGAGAUUCGUAUUGCCUAGAUAAAAAUUAAAUUAAACUGAUAUUUAUCUCUACCGCGGAGAUUGACGUACAAGAACGAAUCUUCUCCGGCGCCAUGAACUCUCGAUCGAAGGACGAGAUCCGAGAUAUUAUUCACAAGGAUCUGCUAUUUAUUCACAAUCAUGGUGUUGAACUGUCGAAUCGUCUUGCCGAGGCUCUUACAAACAGUAUGUCCCACCUGCAUGAGUUGUUGGUGCAUUUGUCACAACCGUCGACCGGCCCACUUAUGGCAAAAACGCCGAAGAUGCUGCGAAAGAAGGUUGUCCAACACAUCGAAACCAUACUCGAGGACGAGGUGCUUCAAAAUAUCUCGCCAACUAGUUCCCUUUAUUCUAUCAAUGAAGAGAAGCAAAAGGAGAACGAGGUAAUGGGAGGUAGAAUCAAAAGAGGAGCAUCCAAAAAAGCAGAGGAUAAUAUCAGGAAACAAAGCUCCAUUCUUAAUAAUUCCAAAAAGAAAGUAAAGAGAGAAAGCCACAUUAAAAGAAAGAAAUACAAUAUAAGCAGUUCUGAUGAAGAUGAGAAUGUUUCCAAGUACAGUAAAGUCGAAGAAAGUAUAACAGAUAUAAAAGGAACCACAAAAAGAGUGACAAGGAAGAACUCUAAACAGAUCGUUCAGCCUACAACCUCAAUUGAAAAAUCAAAAAUUACUGAAAAAGCUAAGGUCAAUGAAAAUAACUUUGAAUUACCAGUUCUGCGACGCUCUAGUAGAAGAAGCUCUAAGAGUUCUCAGAAUAGGGAAGUGAAUACAGUGAAUGAUGCCAUUAUGCCCAAUAUAGAUGAUAUCGAAGAACCAUCUAUGUAUGAAGAUGCAGUUGGAAGGCCUGUUCCAAUUAUGAACUCAACUCUAAAAUAUAGCCCGUUUAUGUCCAAAAAGGAAUUGAAUGCUACUGUGGUAUUAGACCGUUUACCAAAUCAACCACCAAAAUUAAAUGAAACAGUGGUGAUUCAGAAGGCAAUAAACAUAAAAAAUAGUAGUAGUUUGAAAGAAACAGAAAAUACUAAGAACACACUGCCAAAUAAUACGCAAGCAUACAAAACACCUGCACAAUAUGAUGACUAUAAUGAAUUAAUUACAGACGAUGAAUCAUCGCCUGAAGUGAUAAGACCGAAGAAGCAACUUAAUAGGAAGCAGCCUAAUAAAAAAGAAACAGAAGAUAUGUUAGCGAUAUCUAGCGAGGAAACCUCUAAUAUACCAGUGAAAACCCUCAAAAACGCAAAUGUGUCCACGGUCACACAAGAAAGUAAAACAUAUAAAUCUAAUGCAUUAUUUAGUCCUUAUGCAAAAGAAUCUGUGAAGAAGCGAGUUGAAGCAUUUGAACAAGCGGUUAUGCAUAGUCCGAAGUCUGUCGACAUAGAUGCUCCAACCAGAAUAACUAGAACGAAAACUCGUGCAAUGGCCACUGCAGAAAUGCAGGCAGGAGCGAAAACAACGGAGAAAAAUGUUGCGCAAAUAUUAGCUCGUAAGUCGCUCGCUAAAGCUAAGAAGAUUUCGUUAGCGAAACAAAAAAACAAUAAUGAAUUUAAAGAGAACAAAGAACAACUGCCAGAACGAAUUAAUAAAUUACUGACCCAAACUGAUAAAUCAAAUGUAAAAAUGCAACAGUUGAAAACGACACCUUUAAGCAAGACAAAAUUGAUGCAGCCUGUACUGUCUCUUAAUCGUCUUCAUACCCCUUCAAACACGCAAAAUCUUUCGAACUAUCCAAAAAUUUUAACUGCCUCGCGCAACAAUAUUGUUAUUGGCGUGGAGUCUUUCAUUCAACCUAUUACAAAAUUACCAAAAACUAUUACAACUUCCAAUUCGGUAGAAAAGUUAGAGGAAAAGAAACGGCACGAGGAAGACGCGAGAAAAAAGAAAGACGAAGCUUUGAGAUUACAGACGGAGGAGAAGAAAAGGAAGCGGCAAGAGAAGGAACUCAAAAACAAAUUAGCAAGAGAAGCUAAGGAGAAGCAAGAAUUAGAGAAACGGCAGAAAACCGAGAAAGAACGGGAAGAGAAGGCAAAAUUAGCUCUUUUGACUCAAGAAAGGCAUCGCGAGGAAGCGGAGAAGAAGCGUCUUGCCCAAUUGCAACGAAUACAGGAGAAGGAAGAACGUCGCAAAUUGGAAGAGCAACAGAGAUUGCAAAGGUUACAAGAACAAGAGGAAACGGAACGUCUGUUGGCCGAGCAAAGACGUCGAGAACAAGAAGCUGAAAGACGAAGGGAAGCGGAAGCAAGGGCUCAACAAGCCGCUGCCGAAGCUUUGAAACAGAAAAAUCAGUUACUUGCGGCCCAAGCCAAACAUAAACAACAGACUAAUAAUAAGUAUCAAGGUACUGUGAAUUAUGUGUUAGAUAGUGAACCUGAUGAUGAUGAAGAAUCAGACGAUGAAAGCAAACCGAAGCACGAGAUACCGUAUUGGGCGCAGGCGCACAUCCGCAAAGCACAACUUGCGAUGCAACAAUACAUUCCCGAAGGAAUAGUUAGUAAAUUCUUCAAUACUCGUAAGUGCACACCAGAUUUGACUGAAUUAUUCCAUGGCAUAGAUAGAAAUCGAUUGAAACGUACAUCCAGUGCAAUCUGGAAAACGCCACCGCGUAUUUCCAUGAUGGAACCCGAGUUUGUCGAACAAAAAUUGCCUUUAAAAAAUUAAUAUCACAGAAAUACGUGUGGAUAUAAUCAGAGGCAUUAAAUAUAGUAUUGUAUCCAUGUGAAAUGUAAUAAUGUUUAAGGUAAAUUGUUUUAAUUCGACAAACAUGAAGUCAUGUUGUUCGUUGUUAUAUCUCAAUAUUCAUAGAAUGAUGAUG